CCGGGGCAGAGCACCAGGGACUUUCCAGCCGGGCAGCGGCCGCCUCCGCCGGCUGCAGUGGGUCCCCCUCACACGCUGGCAGGUGGGGGAGACGUACUUGCAAGGCUAAAACCCGCCUGACAUCUCCCUGCCUGGAGGAGCCGAUCACAGGGGGACUGGAGUGCUUAGGCUUCAGCAGACUCAAGACCAGCUUUCAACAGUGGGAGAUAAUAUAUUAAUCCAUUGGAAGCACAGAGUGGAGUCUUGCAUAUCACUUUGCUGUUUGUGUUGUGAAUGGUGUUUUUUAUGUAGAUGAAGGGAUCCAGAUCAUUGUUUGAAAGGAUACUGCUUCGCUGCUUAUUUUUCUGUUGUUGUCUUUUGCUUCCUGUCCAAGCUUAGAUGUCCUUUUCCUGUUUGGAUAUACAGAAAUUACCUAUUACAAUAUGGACACCAAUAAAAAGACAGAACCCCCUGUGUCUGUAGAAAUGGUACAACAAAGGGCGAACCCUGAUCACACUCCAGGAUCAAUUUAUGUUCCAGAACAAGGAGGUUACAAAGAGAAAUUUGUAAAUACAGUGGAGGACAAGUAUAAAUGCGAAAAGUGUCAUCUCAUAUUGUGCAAUCCAAAACAGACGGAAUGUGGCCACAGAUUCUGUGAAACCUGCAUUAAUGCAUUGUUAAGUUCUUCUAAUCCAAAAUGUACAGCGUGUCAAGAGAACAUAGUUAAAGAUAAGGUAUUUAAGGAUAACUGCUGUAGGAGAGAGCUUCUUGCCCUUCAGAUAUAUUGCAGAAAUGAAAACAAAGGCUGCAAUGAACUACUAACACUGGCACAAUUACUGAUGCAUUUGAGAAAUGACUGUCAGUUUGAAGAACUUUCAUGCCCCCGUGCUGAUUGCAGAGAGAAAAUAUUGCGGAAGGACUUGCCAGACCAUAUAGAAAAGACCUGUAAAUAUCGGGAGACUACAUGUAAAUACUGUAAAAGCCAAGUCCCAAUGAUUACAUUACAGAAACAUGAAGAUGCAGACUGCCCCUCUGUUGCGGUUUCAUGUCCUCAUAAAUGCAGUGUUACAUCACUCUUGAGGAGUGAGUUGAAUGCACAUUUGUCAGAAUGUAUUAAUGCCCCAAGUACCUGUAGUUUUAAGCGUUAUGGCUGCACUUUUCAGGGAACAAAUCAGCAAAUUAAAGCACAUGAAGCCAGCUCAGCAGUGCAGCAUGUAAAUUUAUUGAAAGAAUGGAGUAAUUCUCUAGAAAAUAAGGUGGCCAUGCUCCAGAAUGAAAGUUUGGAAAAGAACAAGAGUAUACAAACUUUACAUAAUCAGAUUUGUAGCUUUGAAAUAGAAAUUGAAAGACAGAAGGAAAUGCUGCGGAAUAAUGAAUCUAAAAUACAUCAUUUACAGCGAGUGAUAGACAAUCAAGCAGAGAAAUUGAAAGAACUGGACAAAGAGAUCCGCCCAUUCCGACAGAAUUGGGAGGAGGCAGACAUCAUGAAGAGCAGUGUGGAGUCCCUCCAGAAUAGAGUGAGCGAGCUGGAAAGCGUCGAUAAAACUGCAGGACAAGGAGCUCGAAAUACAGCCGUACUAGAGACACAGCUAAGCAGACACGAUCAAAUGCUGAGUGUUCAUGAUAUUCGGUUGGCUGACAUGGACCUCCGAUUCCAGGUGUUAGAAACUGCCAGUUACAAUGGAGUAUUAAUUUGGAAAAUUCGAGAUUAUAAACGUCGGAAACAAGAGGCUGUGAUGGGGAAGACUCUGUCCUUGUACAGCCAGCCUUUUUAUACUGGAUACUUUGGCUAUAAGAUGUGUGCCAGAGUUUACCUUAAUGGAGAUGGCAUGGGAAAAGGGACGCACUUGUCAUUGUUUUUCGUCAUAAUGCGUGGAGAAUAUGAUGCCUUACUUCCUUGGCCAUUUAAACAGAAAGUGACUCUGAUGCUAAUGGAUCAGGGAGCUUCUCGACGUCACUUAGGAGAUGCUUUCAAGCCAGACCCAAACAGCAGUAGUUUCAAGAAGCCUACUGGAGAAAUGAACAUUGCAUCUGGUUGCCCAGUCUUUGUGGCUCAAACAGUUCUAGAAAAUGGAACGUAUAUUAAAGAUGAUACUAUUUUUAUUAAAGUCAUAGUGGAUACUUCGGAUCUACCAGACCCCUGACAUAUAAAUGGGGAGGCAGUUAAACAGAAGACAACUCCAUUUGGGGUUUUCUAUCAGUUUGUCUUCAAUCAGAGGUCCUAAAGCACAAAGGACCACCUUGUGGAACAGAAGGAAGAGUUUGAAGGCAUAACUUCAUAGGGUCCAAUGGCGAAAGUAGCAACACAUUAAGAAAUCAUACCAUGGUAUAUUUUCUAAUAGAACUAGUAACACUUAAACUCUGAAGAAUUAUUUAUCCCUCAUGAGGAUAAUGAUUACAGUCAGAGAGGCUUUUUUAUUUAACUUAUUAAUCUAGUCAAUUGGAGGUGAAAAGACAUGUAAAGUGUGUGCUGAAUAAAUUACCUGACUUUUCUUCAUUUAGACUAGAAUACAAAAAAGUUCAUAUAUGGGUUAGCUGGAAACUGUCAGCAUGUUAAGUAAAAGAAGAAAUGAUGAAGUAAUGUUGCAACUAUGAUAUAAUUAUUUUGAAAAACUAAGUGCAAUCGUGUCUGAAAUACAGUAUAUUGUCUUUUUAAGGCCUCAUCUGGUCUCUGUUUUAAUAAUUACUUUGUCAGAAGACCUUGAAAAAUAUCCAGGUCUUCUUGAAAGUAUCUAAAUCAAAAUCAUAUUUUUAUUUAAAGUUCUAUUAAUAAUUGUUACAGAAAACAUUUUAUUUUAAAGCUGUUGAUAGACUGAUAUUUCUUGGAAGAAAAAUAGAAGAUAUCAAACACUGGUUAUCACUUGUGAUAAAAAAAGAAAUUAUUCAACUAUUGAUGUUAUUUCUCUUUAGAAAUGUAAACCUACAAUAUAUGUCGUAGUUAAUGACACUAUUUCAAAAUUAAGGAAAAAUCACUCAUGGAUGCUGUGCAUCAUUAUCAGAUUUAUAAUUGUUUUCACCCUAAAAUAGGGCAUUUGUUGAACUUUGGAGUUCUAAACGGAAUCCUGUACGCUUUUAAAGUUCUGCCUCAUGCUUUCCAAUCAAGCUAUAUAUAUUGCUGACAGCAUAGAUGUGCAACACUUAAUAUUUUCAGUGUGGGGAAGAGGAUUAUUGCUGAAAAACAGCUAGUCGUGAUCCUCUAAAUUCAUUCUAUACUAGCGAUCAUUGCAUCUUAUUAAGAAUAUAUGAUCAGAAAGCAAUGGAAAGAUGAUGGUGGCUUGCAUGCAUACAUGUGCCUUAAAUGUGACAUGCUGCUUAUAAACCAUAGCUUGGUAUUUAGAUUAAUUAUAAUACCCAAAAUGGUAGUUUUAACUGGACUUCAGGCAAAAUGUGUAGCCUUGUCUUCAGAGCCCUUAGAUAAUUUGCAACAUGCAGGAUAGAAGCCAAAGUCCAGAUUUGGCUGCGAGAGCGUCUGUGGAAUCCAUCAUGUUCAGGUGCCAAAUUUGUAGCACACUGCUCCUAUGGAGCUUGGACUUCGACAGUGCCCCUAGACUAACAUGAAGGAAGAUGUCAUGCUUCCUCCCAAUCCGGUGUAUGGAAGUUGGCAGCACUUCAAAUUGACUAAUCUGAGAAUUCUGAGUGGAUAUUAAUGUAUACGCUCAUUGGUGUCUGUUCAUGGCAGACUGACAAGCAUCCUAACUGGGAAAUGCAUGGGUUUUUGUUAUAGCUGCCUGAACUUCAGCAGCAAGCAUUUCCUAGCCCUGAAACAUGCUAAUUGCAACCCACUGUGUUUAUCUACUUCUGCUUGUUAGUCUGGAAGUAGAAAGUCCAAUGGCAUAACUUAACUAUAUACCAGCCAUCUGGGUGCUGCUUUAAAAUCUGAUUGCUGCUUAGAACUAAGGGAGAAGCUAAUUAGUACACCUUUGUGCACAUGAGAGGGAAUUGUGCCGGUCGUCUUGACUGUCAGGGUUGUACCCAUUCAGUUUUCCACUUUUAGGGGCGUAGUCACAAUAUUUACCUUGGGCUCAGUUGAAUUCAUGCCUUUGUAGUUCAGCUUGUCUCUGUUGCCAUUGUCUUUUAUGGCUGUGCCUUCACAGACUGUGCCUGCAAGAAGUACUUUCCUGUUACAAAUAUACAGUGCAUGCUAAGUGGUCUUCAUGGGUUUUCCAGGCACCUGCUAGAAUACUGCCUGCUUCUUGGCAUCCAAAACAUUCCAUAGCAAUCAGUCUUCCUGUUCUUGCUUCCACUGUCUAGGUACUAUAUUCCUUUUAUGGUACAUAGGUGACAACAGGUGCAAGCUAUUGUGCUAAUGUUUCACUUCUGGCACAGAAGGAGGACUUCCUGCAGAAGAUCUAUAUGGCACUUGCAGUUUUAUGCAGGCAGCCUAAGUAAACCCAUCACUUAUGCUUUAGAGCAAAGGUUCACUCAACUUGCAUACCAUUCUAAUAGUCAUGAAUGUAGGCAGCUGAGCUUUUGUGUAUGUGCAUCACAGAAUUUUACUGAAAACAGGAUUCCCAAGUGGAAAUGUCCAAAGGGCUCUGCUCCCAUUGCUAAUAUAUGUAUUGUGAAAUUUAAAUGAAAAUGUAUGGUCACAUAAGAAUAGUUUCUAUCCUGUUUGAAUCUGGGACUGAUUUAGGUGAGAGUUGUAUAACAAUCAAUUUAAUUGUGUUUUACAAUUUUGUAGAUGCAGGCUACAAGUCUUGCAGCAGAAUUAUGCUCCUGAAUUCAAGCUCUUAAAAAAUGAAACAGAAACAAGUGUAAAUUUAUAGUGUAGUCUGCAUACAGCUUAAUAAUAGUCCUGGGAUGUCUGAAUCACCAGUUCAUCUCAGUGUGAUGUUAACUCUGAAACCUCUUGAUGAAAAUUUAAAUGUCAACAAUAAUUGUUUGCUGGUUAUUUUACCAGAAACACCAGCUAAUAUAUUUAAUCCAUAGUUCUCCAAACUUCAUUCCGUGCUUACUCAGAUGCCAGAAGUGCAAGCUGCCGAAACCUCCAGCUUCAUUCUAACCGCUUCUGUCAUGCAGUAAUAUAUUGCCAAUACAAAAAUCUUUUGGCAUAUACAUUGAUUUUAAUAUCAAGAUAAUCAACAUGGAAGCUGUAUUUUCAUUUUUAAAAAUGAUGUGAAGCUGCCACAGAAUUUCCAGUUUGCUCCCCUUAAUUCUGCAGAAUCCAAAAAUCUUAUGCAAAAUGUAACUAAUCCUGUUGUGGAGUACAUCAAUUAUAAUAUCCCCAUACCUGCAGAAAUUGCCAGAUAUCCCUGGACUGUGAGAUUUUUGCUGUAUAUGUAAGUGGGUUCCCUCAGCUUCCCAGCAAUGAAAUUAUGUAUCAGUUAGAGAAAUAAGGUCAUGAAAUAUCAUCCAAAUUUAGGGUAAAGAUUCCUUGUGCUUUACUGCCCUUUGGGUCCAGUAAGGUUAUUAAACAUUUAUUUUUCCCCUGAACAUUCAGGUUUUUUUCCUCCCAGGUAUUUCAGAAGUUUUCUGGGGACUAUCUAUGAAAAUGACUCACAGGGCUAUAUUCUGCCCUCAGAUCGCACCCUUGAAGCCCCGUGAGCCUCAGUAGAGUUGCAUGAAUGCAGUGGAGGGCCCAUGGUGUCACAGUGCUAAUCAUGACCAUAAACAGAAUUUCUUCAUAAUGGAAUCUUGUCAUUGCUGUUUAGUAUUCAUUAGCAGUGCACAGCCAGAUGCUCUUGCUGUUUGUUCCACAGUAGUGACCUUCUAACUGUAUGUAUAUGCAUCUCCCACUUCCGUUGGAACAUCUAGCAAAAAGAUUGAAAUCUACUAGAUGUUUUCUGUCUACACUAUGCGCACAGUAUGUAUGCAUUUGUUAUUUAAAAAAAAAGUCUCAAAUUCCAAACAGGAUGAAACUAUUUCAGCGUUUAAAGACCAAUCUAUGAUCCUUAUACAUGACCGCAUUUGCAUUACUUCUCUGUUGAUCUUAAAGGGAUCUUGUUUAGCUUUUGUCUACAUGUACGCCUUCACAACUUAAGUCAACUGCUGACUUUUUAUAUGCAAUGUUGAUUUCAGCCUUUUACUGUAAAUUUGUUCUUCUCAAAGAGAAUGUGCAAUAGGAAAACAGAAAAGGGUAGCUCAACUUCAGUGAUAAUGAAAUGUAAUGAGUAACAUGCUAGUUAUCUUAAAAAAAAAGAUAAAAUGCAGUUUAAUUCCUCUUCCAAAUUGGUUUUCCUAUUUGGAAAAGGAAAGUUGAAGAUAUGAAAUGUGCCUGAUGAAUCUCUCAAAUGCAAGGUAAUGGAGAACUGUGUUAGUUGUAGUUUUAAAGUACUGAACCCAUGAAUGUUAUGGUACGAUUGUACUGCUCAAGUUGCUACCAACUUGCCCUGAUUAUGGCAUGUUACGACUGACUUUAAAACCCACCUAUUUGUUAAUUGUAGUCCAUCAUGCUGAACAGGCAUUUCACCAACAAUGCAGUUUCUAAUAACAUUGGUGCUCUGUGGUGCAAGACAGAAAAGCCUGUAGGCAAUGGUAGAGAAGUAUUCUGCACCUCCUGACUAUAUCAAAUGUUACUGCAGACUUGAUGCCUUGAUGUUUAACUAUGCAAAUAUAUUAAUAGGUGGAGGGAGAAAAAUAAUCUUAGCGAAUGAAUUUUAGUUACAAACCUAGUACCUUAGUUUUCACUGUUACAAUGUUAUAUAUAUAUAUAUUCCGGGUUUGUCAUCAGGCAAAGAAUUGUUUGACCAUAUAGAAGUUGUCAAAAUAACCCCAGCCCCCAAAUCAGUCUUUGUUGACUGUUGGAAAUAUUUUUUGCUGCUGCUAAGGGAGACUCAUGGAUAGCAGCAAGCCCUGGAUUCCCACAUUCCAGGUAUGAAGACUCAGCACACUGCACACAAAAUCUGCUUUGUCUCGUGGGAAGUGGGUAGCUUGCUGGAUCCUUCUGAAAACUUUAUAUGGAUGCUCCAUGGAGUGGCUUCUAGUUCACACAUCCCUCCUUUCACUCAGCUAAUCAGGAGAUUCAGGGUUUAAAAAAAAAAAAGUUGGUGCUGGGCAGCUCAGAAUGAAGAGGUGGGCGAAAGAUUAUUGGGGUUUUUUUAUUUGGGAAGAUAAGAAAAUGGAAAAACAGCUAGUCCUCUGCCUACCUCUUCCUGGGAUUCCUGUAGUUUACUUCAAUCAAUACCUCUCAACUUCUGUUGACCUAGAAAUCAUGGUAACUUCAAAAAAAAAAUAAAAAUAAAAAGUCUACUCUGGACUUUGGUCUAUUUGAUAGUGAUUGUUAGUGCUUACUGUAUAAUACAUAGUGCUUUUCAUUUACAAAGCAUUUUACAAACAAGAACUAAUCCUCAUACGAAGCAUUCACAAUUUAUAGACAGGAGAACUGAGGUAGAGAGGUUAAAUGACUUUGCCCAGAGCCACAAAAGGAGCCUGUGCUGGAGCCAAGGUUAGAUUAGAGGUUCCUGUCUCCUAGUACUAUCUUCAGACUAGUGGACCUCGCCUUUUCAUGUGCUUAUCCCUUAAAGGAACUGAAACAAAUGAAGUGACAUAUUUUAAAGACCACAGUCAAGACUGUAAGGGCUAGAAUUAAACAUCUGAGCUGUCAUGAUUUGGGGGCAUGCAUGUGACAGCCCACAUGUCACCAAACACAGUCCUUUUCAAUUGUUCUUUUUAUGGUGCCCUCAUUUUGAGGGAUAGAUUUUAAGGGCUCAAGUAGGCAGGGAGACCAAACAUAGUUUAAGAGGAUUAAUUUUGGUUCUGUCAACCUUUACUGUGACCCUUUCUUAAUCAGUUUAGCUGAGCAACAACAUUGAGGGUUUAACUAUACUUCCUGCCUUUUAAUCUGAGUCUUCAAGACAGUGCCAAAUGGGGGAAGGUCAAGAAGAAAUUUUAGGUGCAAAUUCAGAGGCAUCCCUUAAAUUCUGGAAGAGUUGAGAGAGACAGCACACAAGGGAUCUGUUUAAUCCUAUUUCUUUUCUAAUUUAUUGGCAAGACUGUAGCUUUUGUCUUCCAUUUCAUGAUCUUAGUGUCUAUAUUAGGCCACAUUUUUCUCCAAGUUAGGAUUAGUUCCUUAGGGUUUAAAUAACAUCUAAAUGUCACAGAGAUACGCCUGAUCGAAUAUCCCAGGAUUUAUGUAAAUUCAGAUCUGGAUCCCAACUCUGUGGUUUUGGUUCAUCAACCCACUUAAGCAAGGGUUUGUUGUUCUUGGUGUUUUUUUUACAUUUUGGUCCUUUGGAACUAAACUCUUAAUUUGGUUGUCAGUUCCACGAGGACUUUUUAACUUCUUAGCAAUGCCAGUGUCCACUCGCACCAUUGCUAGCAGUGGGAUGCGUAGUGAGAGAAUUUGACUCUGUCUAAGGGUUACUGAGAUAAACCAGCAUUGCCAUACGUAAAGGUCAUUCUCCUGCAUAGAGUGUUCUGAGCUUUAAAUUCAGUUGUAGCUCAUUUUUGAAAGGACACAUUUUCCAACUAUGACCUGUCUCACUGGCAGCGAGUUGUGUAAUCUGCACUUGUGGAAUAGAAAAGUUCAGGCUUCCAUCAUUGCUGAUGCACCAUAUGAUCCACACAUUUAUUUUCCUUGUAGCUGUAGUGUUAGGCAUUAUAUAACUUUUCAGUUUUAUAGGGGAAUAAAGGGGGAAAAUUCAGGAUUUCUUAUGAGAUAUAAAACUCCAAUAAUUUAGUGGUGACUAAGGGAUGUUAAUAUCCCAUUCAGAAACAAUGGGCUGUAAGUAGGUCCAUUCUUCUCAGACAAGUAGGAUAACCUAUAAAACACACGAAACAACAUACAAAUUGGAAAAGCUAAAAGCUGACAUUUCCAAGAAAUUCUCUUAAGAAAUAUCUGUGGAAAAUACGUGAGUAAUCAAGAAUAGUGUACAAAUUAAUGUUUAUAAAACUUGUGUAACUUACAUUUUAUCUCAUACUCUUCAGUGAAUGGUACACCUGUUAUGUUCAGUUUUACGAUCCAAAAACAAAGACCAAAGAAGGCCAACCUCAUUUGAUUGUGUAUAUUCUGCCUGUCUUAAUUAUCAAUAGCUGUAAGGAUACAGUGCAAGUGAUCUGGUAAGCAGUGGUAUUCGUACUUUUUUUUUUUUAAGGGGGGGCGGGGACAGACUUUAAAAAUGUAUAAUUUAUUGCUCAGCAAUAACCAUGUUGUUGUUAAUAAUAAUAAUGAAGCAACAUGUCUUAAUUUUCCAAUAGCAUUAUUAUAUGUUGUACUUCAGUUUGUUGUAUACUGUGUUUUUUGGUAUUUAUUUGUGUUUGGAGGUCUUGCUAUGUCUUUUGUGUUUUAAUGCUAAUACAAGGACAGUGUGUAUAAGAGUGUAGAAUGCAAAACUGAGAUGCUAAACUGUCUGUUAUUAAAGGAAAAAUAAAUCUAAGUAGGAAAUCA